AUGGCUAUCGGUCCGACCAUUGGCACUGGCUUGUUCAUCGGCGCUGGCCAGGCCCUCGCGGUUGGCGGACCUGCCUCGCUACUCCUGUCAUAUAUAAUCCUAUCCUUUCUAACCUUUGCCAUGACCACGAGCAUGGCCGAAGUAUCCACUCACAUGCCAUCACAACAUGGGACACUAGUCACCAAUGGCUACCUGUACAUGUCAAGCAGUCUGGCAUUUGCUUCAGCAUACCUCCGCUGGUACGCCCUCGCUUUGUUCGUCCCAUACGAAAUCACAUCGGCGAUGGUCAACCUUGGCCUGUGGAAACCGGGUUCCACGAUUGCAAUCAGAUUAGCUAUCAUCACGGUCAUCGUUGUUGGAACGAACUUCCUGCCGGAAAGAAUCUUCAAAAGUUCCGAGCGAUUGUUCACUGCGAUCAAGAUCGGCACAAUGGCGACCCUCUUCGUCCUCUCUCUGGCUCUGGGCCUUGGAGGUGUGGAUGCGCAGCCCCCAUGGGGAUUCAAAUACUGGAAACAUCCAGGCGCCAUGAACGAGUAUCUAGUUCGAGGUUCAUGGGGGCGAUUCCUGGCUUUCUUCCAAUGCCUUCUCGAUGGCUCCAUCGCUUUCACAUUUGCCCCUGAGCUGAUUGUGCACCGAGCGGAACUGCCAGCAUCACUUGUGCCAGCAUCACUUGGCGAGACAGCGAUGCUAAGCGCCGGCAUCCCAGGUAUAGUCACAUCCGAUGUUGCUCAAACGGCAUUUCCGUAUAUCCUGAGCUCUUUGGCCAUGGGCGUUAUGGCUCCUUUCAAUGAGACGCGCCUGACGAACAACGGAACGGGCUCCGGGUUUUCUCCUUACCUGAUCGGGCUCAAAGAUGCGAAUAUUCAAAUUGUACCUACGAUCGCGAUGAUUGCAAUCCUGCUCUCCACGGUGGCUUCUGGGCGAUCCUUUUUGUAUCUCUCUUCUCGUACACUCUGUGCAAUGUCGGAACUCGGCCAUGCGCCCUCGAUAUUUUCCGUCCGCAACCGUGGGAAUGUUCCAUAUUUCGCCGUUAUGAUGUCCGCAUUGUUCUCCAGUCUUGCCUUUGUUUCAGUGAAAGUCUCGAGUACAACCAUGAACACCUAUCUCCUUCGCCUCGUCACGAGCGCCGGUUUCAUUUCCUCGCUUGUGUCAUGCACCAUCUAUCGUCACUUCAAUCGACGGCUCGGCGUGAACGAUAUCACCAGGCGGUAUAGUUCCUCUUUACAGCCAUUUGGCACAUAUUUCGGGGUGGUCAUCAGUGCCCUACUGCUGCUGGGCGGCGGGUUAUGGGCAGCACCCAAGGGAAAUCUCAUCGGGUCCCGAGCAGCCAGACUGAUCAUCUCAUAUUUCAAUAUCGCUGUAUUCGCCAUGCUGUUCUUAGCCCAUCGAUUCCAAGACUUUGUGCCCGUUGUUGAAAUCGAAAGAUACGUGGAUAUGGGUGGGCGCAGCCAUGGCGACCGCGAAGGACCAAGAGAACCUCGAACAUCAAAGACGCACCCGUAUCGGGGGAAACUCCACGUAAUCCCAGAGGGUUCCGGGGCAUUUGAGUUGCGACUCAGCCAGACCAUGUUCACAGAGCCUUCAUAG